UUUAUUUUUGGUAAAAACUUUUUCCAAUACAAUUCAACCCAAUCCAAUAUUAUGUUCUAGGCAUAAUAUGAUAUAUGAUACUGGGUGGCUAACUGGCCGGCUAAGGGCUUUUUCCGGCGAGAGUGUUUUCCAGUUGCCGGAGUGAGUCCAACCAGCACUGUUUUAAUUUGGAUUUUGGAAUAUACACUUUGAUAAGCAGAAAAGAAUUGUUCUGUUGCAAAGAAGACAAUUUUGUCACCCUGCAUGGGCGUUAUUCAAACCCAAUCAACUGUAUAGUUGAAGUACUUCCUUCUUGCAUAUGCAUGUUGUCCCCUAAAGUUUGACUUUUUUCUCCGCCACCACCACCUCCUUCUCCUCCAUCCCCGCCACCAUUUCUCAUUUUCUCCGAAAGAUAAUCUUUUCCUUAACUCUCACUGCUAUCCACUCUCAGACCUGAGAAAAUGGAGAGAUCAAGAACUAGUAGAACACAUCAUCACUGUUCACAUUUUUUCUUGUUUUUCUUGAUUGUAAAUUUGAGAUAUUGCUGUUUUAGAACAGUGGAGUCUCUUUCCCCUGAUGGAGAAGCUCUGCUAUCUCUUCUCAAAUCAGCACCAUCUUCUGCUCUCCCAUCCUGGAACCCCUCAACACCAACUCCAUGUUCUUGGAAGGGCAUCACUUGCUCCCCACAAGGAAGAGUUAUUUCCCUUUCUAUCCCCAACACUUUCCUCAAUCUUUCAUCUUUGCCCCCUCAGCUCUCCUCCAUUUCAUCCCUUCAGUCUCUCAACCUUUCCUCAUCCAACAUCUCAGGCUCAAUCCCUCCAUCUUUUGGCGAGUUGACUCAUCUCAGACUUCUAGACCUCUCUUCCAACUCACUCACUGGAACUAUUCCAUUGGAGCUGGGAAAGCUCAGAUCACUCCAGUUCCUGUUCUUGAACUCAAACAGGUUGACAGGUCAAAUCCCAUUUCAGCUAGCGAAUCUCUUAUCCCUGCAGAUCCUCUGUGUCCAGGAUAAUUAUCUUAAUGAGUCGGUUCCUUCACAGUUGGGCUCAUUGAUAUCGCUCCAGCAGUUCAGGAUUGGAGGGAACCCCUAUUUAACAGGGGAGAUACCUCCAGAGUUAGGGUCUCUCACGAAUCUGACAAUGUUUGGGGCGGCUGCCACCGGACUCUCCGGCGUCAUUCCGCCGACGUUUGGGAAUUUGAAGAGGCUUCAGACAUUAUCACUCUAUGAUAGUGAUGUGUUUGGCCCAAUACCGCCUGAACUGGGAAUGUGUGGAGAUUUGACGAGCUUGUAUCUGCACAUGAACAAUCUCUCUGGUUCAAUACCCCCACAAUUGGGGAAACUGAAAAAGCUCACCAGUUUGCUUCUAUGGGGAAAUUCACUCACUGGGCCGAUCCCAGCCGACCUUUCAAACUGUUCCUCACUUACGGUUCUUGAUGUUUCUGCCAAUGAUUUAUCCGGCGAGAUUCCGGCUGACUUGGGAAAGCUAACUGCUCUUGAGCAGCUCCACUUGUCUGAUAAUGGAUUGACCGGGUCUAUUCCGUGGCAAAUCAGUAAUUGCUCUAGCUUGAUCACUCUUCAACUUGACAAGAACAAGUUAUCUGGAUCAAUCCCCCCGGAAGUGGGGAAGUUGAAAAAUUUGCAAAGCUUUUUACUUUGGGCAAAUUCGGUUUCUGGAACCAUUCCGAGUUCUUUUGGAAAUUGUAGUGAGCUUUAUGCACUUGAUCUCUCCAGGAACAAGCUUACAGGAACCAUCCCGGAUGAGAUCUUUAACCUGGCCAAGCUGAGUAAGUUAUUACUUUUAGGUAAUUCAUUGACCGGAGGGUUGACUAGUAGUGUUUCCAGAUGCCAGUCACUUGUGAGGCUGAGGCUCAGUGAAAACCAGCUCUCUGGACAGAUCCCAAAGGAGCUGGGGCAGUUGGAGAAUCUUGUAUUUCUUGAUCUUUACAUGAACCACUUUUCCGGCAGCCUGCCCGCUGAGAUCUCCAGCAUCACAGUUCUUGAGCUCUUGGACGCCCAUAACAAUUACCUGACUGGUCCAAUUCCGUCACAGUUGGGGGAGCUCGUGAACUUGGAGCAGCUUGAUCUGAGCAUGAACAGCUUUUCUGGUGAGAUUCCUUGGAGUAUAGGUAACCUCAGUUACUUGAACAAGCUCAAUCUUAACAAUAACCUCCUCAUAGGUUUAAUCCCGAAGUCUCUUAGAAACAUGGAGAAACUAACUCUGUUAGAUUUGAGCUCCAAUGGCCUUUCCGGAUUUAUUCCCCCUGAGAUUGGUUAUAUGACAAGCCUAACAAUCAGUUUGGAUUUGAGUUCGAACCGUUUCACUGGAGAAAUCCCAGAAACGUUUUCCGGUUUGACCCAACUCCAAUCGCUCGACCUCUCACACAACAUGAUUACCGGGAGAAUUACAACGCUAAGCCUCCUUACUAGCCUCACUUUCCUAAACGUGUCUUACAAUAAUUUAUCGGGCCCCAUUCCCGUGACACCGUUCUUUAGAACUCUAACCAUGAGCUCUUUGUAUGAAAACCCUAGCCUUUGUGAAUCCAGUGAUGGCUUUUCUUGUUCUUCCUCCCAUCUGAAUGGAAGGAGCAGUUUUGGCUUGGGCCGGACCACUGUUUUGGUCUUAGUUGUCGUUUUGACUUCUGUAGCCUUGGCAGUUGCAGCAAUGUGGGUUGUUGUUACUAGGACUUACCGUAGCUCUGACGGGGAUAAUGUUUUUUCCUAUCCAUGGACUUUCAUACCAUUUCAAAAGCUCAAUUUUAGCAUUGAAAACAUCCUGGACUGCUUGAAAGAGGAAAACGUUAUAGGGAAAGGAUUCUCUGGUGUGGUAUACAGAGCAGAAAUGCCAAACGGGGAGUUGAUUGCAGUUAAGAAGCUUUGGAAGACAAAUAAAGAUGACGAAGAACGUAUGCAAGGCUACUUCGCUGCAGAGAUUCAAAUCCUUGGGCAUAUUAGGCACAGGAACAUAGUGAAACUGGUGGGGUAUUGCUCCAACAAGAGCACAAAGAUUCUUCUCUACAAUUACAUUUCGAAUGGAAAUUUACAACAGCUGUUGGAAAGCAAUAGGAACUUGGACUGGGAAACGAGGUAUAAGAUUGCCGUUGGAUCAGCUCAAGGCCUUGCGUAUCUCCACCAUGACUGUGUUCCCGCCAUUCUUCAUAGAGAUGUCAAAUGUAAUAACAUACUCUUAGAUUCGAAGUACGAGCCUUAUAUUGCAGAUUUCGGCCUUGCAAAGCUAAUGAGUUCUCCAAAUUAUCAGCAAGCAAUUUCCAAAGUUGCAGGUUCUUAUGGAUACAUAGCUCCAGAAUAUGGAUACACUAUGAACAUAACAGAGAAGAGCGAUGUGUAUAGCUACGGAGUGGUUUUGCUGGAAAUACUGAGCGGGCGAAGUGCAGUUGAGUCACAUGUCGCUGGGGACGGGCUUCACAUUGUCGAGUGGGUGAAGAAGAAAAUGGGAAGCUUUGAACCCGCGGUCACCGUUUUGGAUUCAAAGCUUCAAGGAAUGCCUGACCAAACGGUGCAAGAAAUGCUGCAAACGCUGGGAAUAGCCAUGUUCUGCGUGAAUUCAUCCCCGGGUGAACGUCCCACAAUGAAGGAAGUGGUUGCACUUCUGAGGGAAGUGAAGAGUCCUGUUGAGGAAGUCGUCAAAACUUCCCAACCUCUUCUUACAAAGGAGACGCACUCAACCACUACUACUAGUCAUCAUUAGAGUUGGCUCAUUUGUGGCAGAGGGAGUUCCUUUUUAGUGUUUCUGCAAUCCUCUGCUGUUUUUAGAUGAUGGGGGAGAAAAGUUCAACAACUUCUACCUUUGUAGUUUGUAUAACGUUAGGCUUGAGUUUUGUAUGUACAGAUUUAGAGUUUGCAUAUAGGAACAAUUUGGGCGGCGUCUAUUGUAUUGCUUACAGCAUCAAAGGCAAAAAUGUCAACAGUGCAUUUGACACGUGAAAGAUAGAUAUAUAAAAAUAAUAAUAAAUACAAUAUCUUCCCUUGUCUUAA